AUGAUGAAGAAAAUGCUCUGUUUAACUCUCUUGGUUGGCGUUUUCGCCAUUAUCAACAACUUGCCAAGUGCCGCUGCAUUCCCUCAAGAAGAGCAUAUUCUCGAAAAACAUGAGGAUGAGGCACCGGCACCAGCACCAGCGGACGGAGGUGAAGAAGGCAGUGAAGGUGCUGAUGGCGGUGAAGGUGGAGAAGAGCCGGAAGAAGAAAUCGCAACUAUAGCACAUGAUGAAGAGGAUCCCUCCUCUGAACUGCCAAUUUUGCUAGGUGAAGGAGAAGAUCCAACUGAAGAACCAUUAGCAUGA